AUGUCGGACACAGAGCAGGAAUGGCAAGCUAGCCGUCGGCCUCAGUCGAUGAUGGCACAGGCAUUUUCCUCUGAGCUAGAUAGUCUUUUUAACAUGGAUUCCGAAGUGGAUCAUCUCUGCCAAACCGUUGAUCAGAAAAAGUACAUGGUGAUGAUGCAAAGCCGCGAAUUAGAGGCCCUGCAGGCGAGGAUCCGUGAAGCUGAAGAGCGUCUGCGGGCGCAACAGGCUGCUACCGAGCACAGGAAAGAUUCCAAGCGGGACUACAGAACUUCUGGUGAGGACAACGACUUCAAUCAUGACAAACCGGUACAGGCUUCGUGGCAGUCUAACAGCAAGACAAACGUGCAAGGUUCCUCCGUCUCAUCCACAUCUGAAGCCAUGUCCAAUGGACCUCCCCGGAAUGCCCACGGAGACGAUAAAGCACGGAAGAAAUUCCACCGCACGCAUGCCUGA